AUGGUCCCCCUUAGGGACAGCUGUGGUCUCAGUCAGGAAGAAGGUCCAGAGAGGUCCGAGGGAAUGGUCCCUCUUGGGGAUAGUUGGAGCCACAGCCAGGAAGAAGGCCUAGAGAGACCCCAGGGGAUGGUCCACUUGAGGGAUAGCUGGAGUCUCAACCAAGAAGAAGGUCCAGAGAGACCCCAGGGGAUGGUCCCCCUGGGGGCCAGUGGGAGCUACAGCCAGGAAGAAGUUCCCAAAAGAUCCCAGGGGAAUGUUCCCCGGGGGGACAGCAGAAGCCAGAGCCAGGAGGGAGACCUAGAGAGGUCCCCGAGGACCAUCCCCCUGGGGAACAGCAGAAGUCACAGGCAAGACAAUCCAGAGAGGCCCCAGGACUGGCCCCUGGGGGUCAGCAGAAGCCAGAGCCGGGAAGGAGGUCCACAAGGGCCACAGGGGAUGCCCCCACCACUGUUCAACAGGAGACAUGGCCAGGAAGGAGGUCCAGAGAGGCCUCAGGCAACUGCCCAGGGGGACAGCUGGAGCCCUAGUGGGAGAGAAAACCCAAAGAAACAACAACCUCAGGGGUAGAAGACCAAGCGGCCAAAAGGGAAAAAAGCCUCAGAAUCACACCACCAGGAGAAGUCUGCCUCAGGCUGCAGUUCAGUGAAUUGGGAGUGCCCGUGGUGUAAAGCAAUGAAUUUUCCAUGGCACAAGGCCUGCUAUGAAUGCAAGAAAGUCUGCAUGGCAGUUGAGAGUGGAGGCCCCGACCCAGGACAAACCCACUGAUUUCAGGAAGGUGCUGAAUUCUGGGUGGCUGAAGCUGAUUGGUUGACACCCUGCAGAAGCUGAAGUCAAGACUGUUUUUUUGAGGGAGACGCAAGAGGGAAGAGAUAUGGGAACAUAUGUAUAUGUAUAACUGAUUCACUUUGUUAUAAAGCAGAA